AUGUCCCGCAAUAAGCGCCAUCUACCCUCUUCCAUCCGUGACAUCUUAACCACUCCCUCGGUCACCGCUCUUGGGACCUUUGACCCUUGGAAUUCUGUAUCAACGGGACAUCAACGGGCUGAACAUUCUCGCAGCAGUUCUCCCGGGUGGCAAGAGGUAUUAUCUCGGAAACUUGGGAAGCAAUUUAGAGAUACCACCGGUCGCGGCGGCGGGUGCAGCGGAAGGGAUAGCGAAUGGGACUGGGUGUCCUCAGAUCAAUAUGAUGACAUUAGACGGAGAGAGGAGCGGAUUGGAGAUAUAAGGAAUUUAAUGGGCGGUGUUAAGAAAAGGCGACUAGAUGUGCAAGGGAGGUCAGAUACGAAGUGCACCACAGAACGGGACAAGAUUCCGAUCACCAAAGGAAACGGAGCGCUUGUUCUUGAUGACCUGGGAAGCGAAAGGCAGAAGAACUGCCCGGCGGUCCAUCGAGAUCAAGCUCAAAAUACUUCAGAUACUGCUGGCUCAGGGAGAAAAGUUGAACCUAUCACAUCUUGCACUCCGGCAGCAAGAGAAUUAGAAAUAGUUGUCUCCAAUUCGAUUCCCAAGUCUAUCCAAACCAAACUCCAUAUGACUCCUCAGCCAGAAUCUCCAGGGUCUGCAUCCAAGGGAAUAUUUGCUAAUUUGACCAUUUAUGUCAACGGCUCCACUUAUCCUCUCAUCUCGGAUCAUAAACUCAAACAUCUUCUCGUUUCAAAUGGUGCAAAUGUCACUUUCGCUCUCGCUCGACGUACAGCUACUCAUGUUAUUCUCGGAAGGCCAAAUAACAAUCGAAACGAAAGUGGUGCUGGCGGAGGUCUUGCAGCGACGAAGCUGCAGCGUGAAAUACAACGAGUGGGUAGAAAGGGUUUGAAGUUUGUCGGUGUUGAAUGGGUUUUGGAAAGCGUCAAAGCUGGAUGUCGCCUCCCAGAGGCUCGAUUUGCAACUUUGCACAUGGCGCCGGAUAAACAGAGAAGUGUCCUAAGCAUGUUCCAACGAGAAUUGUAA